GUGGUCUAAUUCAUUGCAUUUGCAUGGUUAGCUUCAAACUGGAGUAAUAGAUUCAUUUGGAGAGCUACCUUUUCUUUAAAAGCAAUCAAAAGAUUUUUUCUUUCUAUUUUUCCUUAACUCGUUUACAUUAAUUUCUAUGCAGUAUUUUGAACUUAGAGCAAUGAGAAAAAGCAAGACUUAUGACUUCAGUUUCCUCUUGUCAACGCCUUUUCCACUUCCACUUCCAUUUCAACCUCUUUUUUUCUGUAUAAAAACACUUCCUCUAACAAUUCCUCCACCACCACCACCACUAUCACCAUUCAAUUCUUUGUCUUACUAACUAUAGCCAUGAAGCUCUUCAAUGCAUUAUUUGUGCUCUCUGCAGCUACAAUAACACUGGCCAUAGUUACAUCUUCUUUGGCUGAUGCAUCAUCUAAAAUUGAAGAAGAGAGUGAAUCAUCUUUAAGGGGAUUCAGCCGGUUCCUUGCGCCACACUACUCGACGGCAUACAUGACAUGCAACAAGUAUCCAAAUGUUUGCAGGAUGAAGAACAGCCCUGGCCCUGACUGCUGCAAGAAGAAAUGUGUGAAUGUAAAGAGUGACCGUUUCAACUGUGGAAUGUGUGGAUAUAGGUGCAAGUACACUGAGGUUUGCUGCAAGGGCAAAUGUGUCAAUAUAUAUUAUGACAAAAGAAACUGUGGUGGCUGCUACAAGAAGUGCAGGAAGGGAGAGUAUUGUGCUUAUGGAAUGUGCAACUAUGCAUAAUUAUUAAUAGUAACAUCAAUGUUUCAAUUCUGAUUCUUAUUCUAAAUUUGCUUUUUCCUGUUGUUUAUAUAUAUAUUUAUGUGGAAUAAUAUGAUAUUAUUCUGGAUGCUCUGAAUAAUUGGCAUCAGUGUUACACAAUAAUAAUGAUUAUAGAAUUGAUGAUAUGCUGCUGCGUAUAUAAGCACCAUGGCGUAUAUGCCAACUGUCAUACUCAUCAACAGAAGUUAGCAUACAAAUUCAUAUGCUCCAACAUGGAAUUACAAUGAAAGCGAAUUCAAACAUCUUAUUAAACUAUCAAUGCAAAUUGAUGGUUACUUACAUCAAAAUGUAUUCACCUGAAAAUAAAAUAAUAACUGAGAUGUGUAUAUGUGUUAUGUCAAGUAGUUUUGCCAAUUAUAUCAAAUCAUUUAAUGAUACUCUGCUAUCAUAUGAGAAUUCAAUAGUCGAAUUUUUUUAUCUGUUGGUAUAGACGCACUUCAUGGACCUUUAUCUGAUCACUUGUUUACUAUGCAAGUUAUUAGAUAUUUAGAUCACAACACGUGCUGAGGGGAGGCACAUUUAUGGCAUGAUUAAUGUGCUAAUCAACAUUUUCUUUCCCAAUCAAACGGUUUUUCCGUAACAGUGUCCUCUUAAUUACUUCCAAAGUGUGGGAUCUUAUCAAAUUAAGCUGAAAGGCAAAUCAAUUUCUAAAAAUAUUUUUUUUAUGGUAUUUUUUAAUUUGGCGGAAUAAGAAUUAAUUCAUCAAAGCUUCAAUAAGGAUUUGUCAUUGGCCAAUAAGCUAUUAUAUAUACACAAAGCAGAAUUCGAAUUUCCGAUACUUACUUAAAUGGACCAGUAAGUUAACCACUAGAUCAACUCAAGUUGU